AUGUCCGCCGGUCCACCGGUCCGCCGGUCCACCGUCCGUUCGAGAGUACGAGUACGAGUGCGUGGUCUGCCACCGAGGAGUAUAAAAGUAACGCAAUGCACGCAAUCCACUUACAGUUGCAAUUCUCCCUCCAAGCCAAGUGAUUCGUUAUCCAGCGCUACCAUGAAACUUCUGAUCCUCACCACUCUGCUGGCUGUUGCCAAUGCCGCUCCUGGACUUCUGGACUAUGGACACUCGGCGCCAGACUAUAGCUAUGCGCAUGCUGCUCCUGCCAUUACUUACGCGGCCGCAGCUCCGGUGAUUAAGUCUUAUGCCGCUCCUGCCAUCUCCUAUGCGGCUCCAGCUCCUGUGAUCAAGUCCUAUGCUGCUCCGGCCAUCAGCUACGCCCAUGCUGCUCCUGCCAUCAGCUACGCCGCGCCCACGGUGGUCAAGUCCUAUGCGGCUCCAGUGGCAGUGGCUGCUCCGGUGGUCAAGGUGGCAGCUCCGGCCACCAGCUACUCGCACUUCAGCUCGGUUGUCUCCCAUGCCACGCCCAUUGUAAAGUCGUACGCUGCGCCGGCCAUCAGCUAUGCUGCAGCUGCUCCGGUCUACAAAUCGUAUGCUGCUCCGGCAAUCAGCUAUGCCCAUGCUGCGCCCGCCAUCAGCUACGCUGCUCCCACGGUGGUGAAAUCCUACGCGGCUCCAGCCAUCAGCUACGCAGCUCCGGCCCUGGUGAAAUCCUACUCUGCUCCGGCCCUGUCCCUGGGAGGCUACGGUGGCUACGAUGGCCACGGCUACGGCUACCACUAA